CGCUCUCUUCAGCUGCCUUGCUGUCUCUUCCCGUGUCUCGAAGCAGACAGCAGAGCAGCACCGGCAGUUCUAACUGGCUGUCGGCCUAGUUUCUACGGAAGUCAUGGCGGCGCCGUUAGCUCAUUUCGAUGAGGACUGGCAGGACUUUAACGAAUUCAGACCCUCCUCGGAUUCGGCCGAGCAGUUGGACCAGCUAAACACAAAUGUGGGCGAUUCGUCAUCGGGCCUAGACGAUUUUUCAGACCUGGACAACAGCUUGUCCGGGGAGAUCUGCAGCUUCAAAUCGAUGGAGGACCUCGUCCAUGACUUCGACGAGAAGCUGACAGUGUGUUUCCGAAACUACAACACCACGACAGAAAACAUAGCUCCCAUUAAACCUAUCACUGAGGAUAAUUACUUGAAAGACGACGAGGUGUGGAACGCUCUGACAGAUAACUAUGGCAACGUGAUGCCUGUGGACUGGAAGACAUCACACACUCGCUCCCUACACCUACCCACCCUCAACCUCACUGAGAAUGAGAAGUUGGAUAACCAGUCUCUCGAUCUGUCAGACGAUGAGGAGCUAAGGGAGCAGAUGGAUAUGCACUCAAUCAUAGUCUCCUGUAUCAACGAUGAGCCACUCUUCACAGCUGAACAAGUGAUAGAGGAGAUAGAGGAGAUGAUGCAGGAGUCUCCUGACCCAGAGGACGAUGAGAGCCCCUCCCAGUCAGAUCUGUCCAUGCUCUCUCAGGACUUCCACACUAUGAAACACUCUGGCUCCAACACCAGCUAUGAGGACCGUUUGCGCCAGCUUUCUGUGUCAGAGCUGACCGAGACUCUCGAGGAAGUGGAGUUGGCCAUUCGCCGCUACAGUGAAGAGCUGAUCCAGGCUCUGGCCCUGCGAGAUGAACUGGACUAUGAAAAGGAGGUGAAGAACAGCUUCAUCUCACUGCUGAUCGAUGUGCAGAAUAGACAGAAGGAACACCGCGAGCUACUCCGCAAGAAGAAGAAGAUCAGAAGUACGACUACAAGCGGCCCCAACAGCCAGAGGACAGCCGGCACGCACAUACCGGGCACGCUCCUCACUCUGGAGGGACUCUCCACUGUCAUUCAAAAUGGCCUCCGUCAAACAUUUGGCAGCACAGGAGGGGACAAACAGUACCUGACCACAGUGAUCCCUUAUGAGAAGAAACCUGGCUCCCUAUCAGUAGAGGACCUCCAGAUCCUCACAAAAAUCCUCCAUGCCAUGAGGGAUGACAGCGAGAAGGUACCUGCCCUGCUAACAGACUACAUUCUCAAAGCUCUGGUGUGAGAGCAGUGGAACGUGAGUUCUUUGUCCGACGUAAAGCUGAAGGCAAGCGUUGGUUCCAGGACCUUCCACUGGACCAUCAGAAGGGAGUUCUGGUAAUUUGGAAGAAUCCACAUAAUGGACAAAAAUCCAAACCUUAAUCCCCAUUUUACAUAUCAUAGACUUUCUUUGUGGCUGUUUUAACUCUGCCACACUGUUGUUGUUCCUGAGAUUUUAACUUUAGAUAGAACUCCUUAGUGUUUAUAGUUCUUUUCAGUUGUAAUGUAAACAUUUUAUUGCUCGAGUGCUAUAACCCUGUACAACCUGGUCGCAUGAUAACUCGUCUCUGGAUGCCAGUAGUCAGUAUUAGUCAGAACACCUCACUUCCUGAUUAGCCAGUGGCUCCUGAAUAGUGAAGGGUCAGGGAAAUAACAAGGUGGCUUUUAUUUAUUCUGUGGGAUUCAUCUGCAGAUGUGUGUGAGGGAAAUGCAGUCCAAUCUGUUUUGUAAACCGAGUGCAGUUGCAUCUGCGGAGUUCAUGCUUGAUGUCGGAAAACAAAUCCUGGCAGAGUUUCUGGAUCUCAAAGUGUCAGGCGAGUCAUGAUAUCAAGCAUAAACCCUGUUUUUCCUGUGAGGAAACCUUUGCUUUAAUGUCAUUGGUUGAUCUACUGCAUACAGUGUCUUGAGUUUGAAAAUUCUGCAUAGUAAGGAUCAGAGAGCAACCCUUUAACUUUUAAAAUUCAAAUCGUAGGCCCACUUGUCUUUGCAUGUUGGUUUUAGGUUUAUGCUCAAUAUUAACUGUUAGUUGAAUGUUAGAAUGAAAUAUUUUGUAUACAAGUAAGUGAAAUUGCAGUUUUAGGACCUUUUUACUUUUUGAAAAAGGGACAAGUGAAAUUACUUAAAUAGCUUGGUGAACAAAUAUGUAAAGUGUAUUUUUGGAUAAGGAAUUGUUUUAGUGAGAUUAGGGAGUUGCCAGAAGCCACUUUUGUGACCACAUUGCUGUAAAUGCUGCCCAUUGACCUCUGAGCCCUCAAGUAGUGACCCCAUCCCCAGCAACUUUAUCACUUCCCCAGGAGCCGUCAUCCCUUUAGUCUGCUGUUACCUCAUGCACUACAUUUUUGCAUUAGUAGAUGUUGGCCAAACUGGUCAUGUCAGACAGAUUCUGUGUAAAUAGGAUUCUGUAAGCUUUGAUAUUUGUGGAAUUAAGCGUCUACUUUUCAGUUGGAGGUUUUCUCCAUUAACCCUUUAACUGUUUGGUGGUUGUACUUUUGUCUGUCAGUGUUUGAUGAAGCUUAGAAAUAUUAGGUUGUGGUGCAAAAAACAUGCCCAUUAACAGCAUGGAGAUUUAUUGGCCUGCAGCUUGUUCCAUCUAUUUACCUUAUCAGUCAUGAGUUAAAACAACUUUAGAGGGGUACUCCACAGAUUUUACACAUUGGCAUGAGUUUGUAAGCAGUACUGCUCAGCCUGUACAACAGUUGUACAUCUUCUUUUGUCCACAUGCAAACUAGUGAUGGUAGGCUCGACACUAUCGAUGCAGAAGUAUCGUGGCACAAUGUUUUGAUGCCUCACUUCAGAAUGGAUUCAGAAGGAAAGUGGCGACAUCUCCAUUGACUCUGACAGUUUUUUACAGUAAUGGCGGAUCAUGGGAAGUUCAAAUAGUUCCAAACGUUGGGUGCAGUGCAGCAGUAUACUGGUUUCAUGGUAUGAAAAUUGACAGUUAUACCAUGCACAUUUGCUUAUUAGCAGUAUUGAAGGAAAAGAAAAAGAUCUUCCCUAACUGCUUGCCAGACUCCAUUAAUGGGGCACCAUAUGCACACGUCGUGA